AUGUCGGACCGCACUCGCAGCCUGACUCCCGCGGGCCGAUCGAGUUUGGCGCCCUCCUCGCUGCCGGCACGCAAGAUCCGCCUCCGAAUCGUCACCCACUCCCCUCCGCUGCACUUUCUCGCGCCGUUCAACCCCGACGAUCCGCACUGCUUCGAGGCGCUGCAGCACUUCGUCCAUGCCCAGCUGGUCAGGCGCACACGGGACGAUGACGAGAGGAUCGAGCUGGAGAGUGUAGGGCAGGAGGGUGUGGGGUUCGAGAUCGACGGCUUCGACGUGCCUUUUGACGACCCCGAUAUUGUGCGCGACGGCGACACGCUUACUGUGCGUCUCCAGUCCCAGCACAACAAGGAGGAGGA